UCGGGUUUUAUUAGUGUAAAAAUGUCUUUAUAUGAUGAAAUCGCAUUCUAUUUGAAUGUUGUGUGAAUGAUUUAAUUUUAUCUCAACUCCUUAUGAUUUGUUCCAAAGCUGUUGAUUCUUGAUGAUAAUUUUCCUGUAGCAACAUUGAUUUUUUCGACAACACUUCUCUUGAAUUUUUGAUGCGGUUGUUCACUGUUUUAUCCUUGCUUAGAAAACUGGCUGCCCCUCACGUGAAAUACCCAGGACCAAAAUCCAGUGGGGGGCAGUUAAUAGACCCCAGGUCGGGCUCCGGCUCCGCCCCUGUACAUUUGAGUCAGAAUUCAUCAAAUAUGAAAAUUUUGUGGUUGUGCUCUUUGUUAUAAUGUGUAGGCCCAUGCUAGAAAAGUGUUCAAUCAUGAUUGAGAGUGGAAAUUUAACCCUCAAAUCUCAUUAUGAGAUCCUCGAUGUGAAGGAAGAUGCUAGAUCUGACGAAAUUCGUACAUGCUACCGAACUGCCAUUCUGAGUUAUCAUCCAGAUAAAAUGCAAACGACAUCCCACACAUCAAAUCCUGCAAACGAGCUGGGCAGAAGGUUUUUAGAGGUGCAGAGGGCUUGGGAAAUCCUCGGAGAUUCAAAAUCUCGUGCACUUUAUGAUAACGAGCUACAAUCUUCGAGGCAAGAUUCUGCAACUGCUGAAGAUAUCAGAUUAGAGGAUCUGUCAAUCGAAGCGAUAUGGGAUAUUCGCUGUCGAAAAAUGGGAGUAAAACUGUUUUGCAAGCGCCUAGAUCUCCACCUGCAUCUGUUGUUCUUCCUUGUGGGUCAUGCUCGCUUAAAGUACGGUUAUUGA